UUUUGAAAAACGUUCAACUCGGAAUAUUGUAUUCCGUUAAAUUGAGAAAAAUGUUUUCACCCCAUCAACACGUAAAUUAGUUUCCUCAAUCAAUUCUCAUACAGAAUGGCUCAGGCUAUGCAGCUGAGCUGCGAUUUGGCCAAUACCGUUAUCGACUAUCUACAAACAUUAAGAGUUGUGGAAAUACGCCAGUCGCUGGAAUUCAUUGGUCUCUAUCAUAUUGAGGUUAUUAUAGCUGUAUUUUUUUUCCUGAUGCUGCAGUUUACAAAAUUCACUGCUGUGCUUUUGAUUGCAUGUCUGAUAGCAUUUGCUAUCUUCUAUAUGUGGGAGUCCUUCUUUCCCGAACUUGACGAAAAUUUGUCGAGACGUAACAAAUGUCCCGCAACUUACGGCGCUGGAUACGGUCCGCCCUAUGGGCCCAAAGCGGAUGCCGCGGUUUCGAACUUUCCUCCGCCCUAUUACCCAACAACCGGUCAAACUAGCCGUGAUGCUCGGACAUCUGCCCUAUUUCCACCAUUCUCAAACUAUGACGACGAUGCAACAGGUGAUCAUGCAGUCUCUCCGGAAAAACGCCAGUAUUUAAAUUCUAUUAACAAUCAUCUCGGGUCAAACCUGAAGAAAACUGGUCUAUCUGGGGCUGCCACGCCAAUAGGCCACAGGGGCUCCAGCUCUGAUUUGCGAGCGCAUCGACGACCAUAUACUGGUCAAAUUGAAGAUUUUAAGAAUAUGCGACGUGCUAAUGAUCGUGACGCUCAAGCCUUUCGUAGGAUGAUAACCAACGAGUAUAGGGCGUACCGGCCAGGUACUGUUACUGAAACCAACCUUCAUCGACACGCAAAUCAAACGAACGAUGAUCAGAGAUCGAGACGUAGCGGCCCGUCAAAUAUGGCCGACGACAGGGCAUAUAAGAACCGACGUAGUACGGAGAACAAAUCCUCAACACAAAAAAAGAGCAAUACCAAUGAACAGCUGGAGCGUUCCAGAAAUGUGUCUCGUGAAAAUAUGCUACGCAAGUUACGUAAUUAUCCAGGGCCUCCAGCCCGUUCCAGUGGGCCUCAUAGUCGAUCUGAUCCUACCGGUCCGAAUGCGGAAAACAGAGGAGCCAAAAGACGAGCGGAUAAUCACAAUUCAUUCAAAUUUAAACUCAACCGUUGGGGCCUGUGAUAUGAAUAAAGUCAAUGUUGUAAACUCUUCCCAUGAGGAUACGGAAGUACCGGAUCAUCAAAGCAAUAUCGAAUGUGAUUGUGAUAAAGAUGGAGACGCAGUACAGUGCCAUAACCAAGCUGAAAUAGAGAAAGUGGUCAUCAAAUCCGAAGGCAGUUAUCCAUGUGUUAUCGAAAUGAUAAAUGACAGCAGCAGUGAUCGUAUGUUAACUAAAAAAGCGGAUAAAACUAUACAAAAACCUAUCGAAGACGAAGAAAAUAGGGCAUCUGACAGCAAAGAUACAGCUAAUAAAAGUUCGCCUAGUAAUAAAAUAAAAAGCGACCUGAGUAGAAGUUCUACGGAGAAAUAUCCAUAUAUUGUGGAAGUUCCGUCUAACAACAAAUGAAUACUUAGCCCUUUAACUUCUAGCCGGAUUUAUAAAUGUCGCUAUCUAAAUUUAAAGUUAAUAAACAAAUUGGUUGUGUGUAUUGAGGAGACAAAUAAAUCAAG